GUUUACUCGUCGAGCGGCGAGGUCUUGUGAGCGGGAUUUUCCAGAAAUUUCGACUUUUUUCUCGUAUUUCUCGUAUUUUUUUCUUGAUUUUGUGGAGGUUUUGCCAAAAUGCCGUACGCUAAUCAGCCUUCUUUGAAUUUGACGGAGUUGACGCAGGAGAAUAUUAAGUUUUAUAUUGAAGAUACAGACCUUAGUGUGGCUAAUAGCCUGCGCAGAGUCUUCAUGGCCGAAACCCCAACAGUGGCUAUUGACUGGGUGCAGCUGGAGGAGAACUCAACUGUACUGAGUGACGAAUUCAUUGCCCAUCGCGUCGGCCUCAUCCCCUUCACGUCAGACGAGAGGGUUGAUCAGAUGCAGUAUUCUCGAGAUUGCACAUGUACUGACUACUGCCCAGAGUGUUCGGUGGAGUUCACACUGGACGUCAGGUGCUUGGACGACCACACACGACAUGUAACAACAGCUGAUCUCAAGUCAAUGGACUCCCGGGUUAUUCCUGUCACGUCACGCAUGAGAGAGGACGAGGCGAGUGAAUACGGAGAAUCUAAUGAUAUUUUGAUUGUUAAAUUGCGCAAGGGCCAAGGCCUGAAGCUGAGAGCCUAUGCCGUAAAGGGUUUUGGAAAGGAGCAUGCCAAGUGGAACCCCACGACCGGGGUGGCCUUUGAGUACGAUCCUGACAAUGCUCUCCGACACACACUGUAUCCCAAACCGGAGGAAUGGCCCAAGAGUGAAUAUUCCACCAUCGACGAAAACUCUGCCCAAGCCGACUUUGACCCCACCGGUAAGCCCAACAAAUACUACUACAACAUCGAAACGUCUGGGGCCCUAAAACCCGAGAACGUUAUCAUGAUGGGGAUCGCUGCUCUCAAGAAGAAACUGUCCGACUUGCAGAACCAACUGAACAUGGAGGCACAUUCCGAUGCGCUUGCUAUUAACUGAGGUGAUAGGGGAGGUGUUAGCGGUAAAGAUGAGAUGCCUAUUUGCUUAUCUUCUUUCAUUUUCAAUAUUUUUAUUAUUAUUUCUAUUAUCUUUAUGAUUAUUAUUAGCAUCUUUAUUGUCUUUAUUUUGAAAGAAAGUAAAAGGAAGUAACUGCAAAUCAAAGUAGUUUUGUAUUCAAAUGUGUUUUGAUGAGAUAAUCAGCAAACUGAUUUCAUUAGAGAAAAAGUUGGCUGUACUAUAUUUUGAGAACAGGAAAAUUUGUGUAUCAGAUACCUGGAACAAAGAGAGGUGUCAAUUAUGGGUUCCAUUUUUUUUGUUUUUUUUAAUAAAAUAAUAAUGAUAUCUA